AUGGUCGCCGUGUUCUGCGUCGUCGCCGUGUCCGUCGUCGUCUGGAAGGCGUGCGCGUUCGUCGCCAUGGCCGCGGCGCUCCUCGCCGUCGGCUGGCGAGUGUUGGCGGCGCCCGGGAGCUGGAGGAGGCGCGUGGGCGCGGCGGCCACGCCGGCAGGCGGCGCCGAGUGCGGGCUCUCGGCCGCGGCGAUCGACGCGCUGCCGGCGUCGGAGUACGAGCGCCCGCUCGGCAGCGGCGGCGCCCCGGCGUGCUCGGUGUGCCUCGAUGACGUCCGCGGCGGCGAGACGGUGAGGCGGCUGCCGGCGUGCGGGCACCUGUACCACGCGGCAUGCAUCGACGCGUGGCUGCGCUCGCACACGACAUGCCCGCUGUGCCGCUCCGACCUGUCGCCGCGGCGGCGAAGAGCUACGGCGACCGGACGCGGCCACAGCUGACAGUGACACAC